UCUGUUGAAUACAAACUGUUCAAUUCCAAUUGAAUAUAUCGUUUUGUGUUAAUCCUUUUUGAAUUUCUACAUAUCCUUUGAAAAUGAACCGUUUUGCUUAUGUUUUCGUAAUUGUUGUUGCAUUGGUUGCUUUGUCUCAGGCAGAUAUCAAUAAUCCAAAAGUGAAGGCCACGUUUGAGAAGUGUGUCGGUUCGGAGAAAGCUACGCCAGGUGAUAUAGAAGAUCUGAAAGCACAUUCCCCAGACCUAUCUAAGGAAGCUAAGUGCGUUAUUGCAUGCGUGAUGAAGGAGUUCAAAGUUCUUGCAGAUGAUGGAAAAAUCAAUCAUGAUGUCUAUAUGAAACACGCUGAAGAAAUGUCCAAAGGUGAUGCCGGCAAGGUCGCCCAAGCUACUGAAAUGUACGACAUUUGCUCUGCCAAAACUGUUGCUGACCCAUGCGAAUCUGCCUACAACUUCGGACAUUGCAUAAAAGCCGAGAUGAUGGCAAGGAAUAUGCCUUUGGAUAUUUAGAUUUUAGAGCGAUAACAUGAAGAAACGUGUAAUCGAAGAACACGUGAAAUCGAAGCAAUGGAUUGGAAAAAGACAAAAAUCGAAGGCUAAACCGUUAGUUAGUUUUUAGUUCUUCUUUUCAUUAGCGAUGUUAUAGUUACAGCAGCAAAGAAAAUGUU